AUGCCUCCAAAGAAGGCUCAAUCGAGCACAAAAGAUCAAAACGCGUCAACACCACCGUCAUCGGCUAGCAAUGCUUCUGCAUCCACAAAAAAAUCAGCUGACAUCGUGAAGACGGUAAAAGCGAACGACAAAAUGCAAGCAGCAAUAGAUAAAUUUGCAGCCGAUCUAGCGAAUGAUUCCGAUGAAGAAAGCAGCAGCGCGAACGCUACAGCGUCAAGUCAACGAAAAUCAAACAUUUCGGAGGAAUCGUUCUCUGCGAACGGUAGUGCAACGGAACUAAGUGAAGCGGAAAAGGAGAUCAUCAGGGAAGAACUCAAAAAGACCGAAGAUGAAAUCAACACACUACGUCAAGUGCUGGCGGCAAGGCAAAAGCAUGCUGCUGACUUAAAACGUAAAUUGGGCAUCUCACCGUUGACUGAGCUCACGGCGGAUAUUAAUCAAUCGCUGCAACACGUUAAAGAAACGCAAGCGUACGCAAAGUUGGUCGCAUCAACAAGUAUCGAUCAGCUGUCGGGACAUGCGAAACCACCGUCGGGCGCUUCUAGCCAAGCGGAUCCAACUUCUCCAUCGAACGAGAAGGCACCACUUGCAUAG